AUGGAUGUCAUAGGACCCAUUCAGCCUCCGUCUUCCAAAGGACAUCGCUUCAUCUUAGUCGCCAUACACUACUUCACUAAAUGGGUAGAGGCAACUUCCCACAAAUCAAUGACUAAGAAUGUCGUGGCUGACUUCGUUAAGAACAAUCUGAUUUGUCGUUUCGGUGUGCCGGAAUCCAUCAUCAUGGAUAAUGGUGCCAGUCUGAAUAAUUAUUUGAUGAACGACAUUACUGAACAAUUCAAAAUCACUCACAGAAACUCCACCACCUAUCGACCACAGAUGAAUGAAGUCGUAGAGGCUGCCAACAAAAACAUCAAAAGGAUUUUGAGGAAGAUUGUCGACAACUACAAGAAUUGGCACGAGCAGCUGCCUUAUGCUUUGUUGGAGUAUAGAACAACAACCGAAACGUCCACUUGGGAAACUGCAUUCCUCCUCGUUUACGAUACAGAAGAGGCCAUACCCGCAGAAGUGAAAAUUCCUUCACUCAGGAUCAUCCAAGAGGCAGAGCUAAAAGAUGAAGAAUGGGUUAAAAAUUAUUAUGAACGGCUAGCCAUGAUAGAGAAAAAGAGAAUGGUGGCGGUAUGCCACAGACAGCUGUACAGACAAAGGAUGUUGAGAGCCUUCAACAAGCGGGUCAUAACUUGA